ACGGCGACGCCAGUUGACACGACGCGCGGGAACAGAUUAAAAUUAGAACGGACAUUUUUGAAAGUGUUAUAACCGAACUGUCAAACUUGGACAAGCUAUGAGCGAUUCCUCUCGUUAUUAACUCCCCGUUUAACUUUAUGUGGUGACUUAAACUAGUGAAUGCAAGGACUAGUUAUGGAUUGUGUAAAAAAAUUGACCAUAUUUGGAUUUUAUUCCAUAUUAACUUUGACUAUCGCUUAUGAUGAAGAGUUGCUACUCAAAGGUAGACUUCGUAAAGCGUGUUCCACUCGCGGUAACGCCAUUCAGCCAACUCGAAGAGUAGACACGACCCAGCGAUUGUCUACUUUGAGGGAAAAAAUGCAGUCGGAAGUUGUUUUAGGCACUCAGCCAAUACAAGGUUACAUAGUCACGUCAAGUGACGAACAUCAGGUGGGUUGAAGUCGGAGUGUUGAAAUAGAAGAAUACGAAAGGAGACGGGAGUACAUUUCAGGAUUUAGCGGCAGCUACGGUGACGCCAUCAUCACUCUGGAUAAAGCUGCGCUCUGGACUGACGGGAGAUACCAUCUUCAGGCGGACGAAGAAAUGCACUGCCAUUGGUUGCUAUUUAGGGAAGGACUGAGAAACAUUCCAACAAGGUCACACUGGUUGAAAUCUGAAUUUCCAAAUGGUGCCAGAGUAGGUGUAAAUCCAAAAUUAAUCUCGGAAUACAUGUGGAAUAAGCUCAGCUCCGAACUAAGCGGUUCCGGAAUCGAAUUAAUAGCUCUUAACGUCAGCUUAAUAGACGUGAUAUGGCCCACUUCAGAGAGGGGCGAAAAGCGCAGCAAGGACGCGUUUAUAUUAGAUGUUAAAUUUGCAGGCAAAAACUACACAAUUAAGCUCGAAGAAACCAGAAGACUUGUCAAGAAGGCUGGGGCAGAUGCAAUGGUGGUCACUUCUCUUGACGAAGUUGCGUGGCUUUUGAAUUUACGUGGCCGAGACGUACCCUUUUCGCCGUUUGUUAGAAGUUACGUCUUGUUCGAUAUGACAAGCAUAACCUUGUAUGUUAAUUCAAGUCAGUUGGAGUCAUUUAACGUCAUGUCUUAUCUCCAAGCGGACAAUAUCUUUAGAAGGCAUGACUCCGUCCAGUUAAGAAAUUAUUCGGAUAUAUGGGCCGACCUACGCACCAAAUCGCAACUUUACAAAAAAAUUUUGGUACCGUCUCAUUGUGUCUAUAGCGAGGGCGCUAGUCAUGCCAUUUACGAACACAUCUUCGAGGACCGACGGCUGCCGAAACAAUCGCCUAUCAUCUAUCUCAAAGCUAUCAAAAAUGAAGUGGAGAGGCAAGGAAUGAGAACAGCUCACAUUAAAGACGCUGCCGCGCUCUGCGAUUGUUUUGCAUAUAUAGAAAAGUACUUCCAGCACAGGUUAAAGGUCGAACAGGCAAUCACUGAAGAAAGAAUAGCUGAAAUAGUGAAUUCGUACAGAUUCGAGCAAAACCUUAGUCUCGGUAACAGUUUUCGAACUAUUGUAGGGUUUGGGCCAAACGGAGCCCAACCACGUUACAUUCCUACAAAAAAUACAAACGCUGUGAUUUACACUAACAGCACAGUUGUGGUAGAAUCUGGAGGACAGUAUUAUGAAGGCACCACGGAUGUAACUCGCACUCUCCAUUUCGGAACCCCCGACGAUAUCAUGGUCGAAGCUUACACUAGGGUGCUGAUCGGCAACAUAAAGUUUUCUAGUUUGACCUUUCCCAACAACACCAAAAUGGCCGACGCCGACGUUUUGGCCAGAAGGCAUCUCUGGGAAAUCGGUUUGGACUAUUUGCACGAGACGGGACACGGAGUGGGCUCGUUUCUUGGUGUUAGAGAAUCUCCCAUAGUAGUUCAGUACGAUCUCGAGGCCAGUGCAAAGCAAACAUUCAAGCCUGGAUAUUUUCUCACGAACGAACCAGGAUACUACCGAGAAGGUUACUUUGGCGUGAGACUGCAAAACGUGUUAGAAGUUGUCGAAAAACCCUGGUUGCAAAGAUCUUCCGGUCACACGUUCCUUGGAUUCCAAAUAAUCUCACUGGUGCCUUAUGAAGUCAAGUUAAUUAAUUUCACAUUACUCACCAUAGAUCAGAAAAAAUGGCUGAAUUGGUAUAACGAACAGAUACGUCAGCAAGUGGGGGCCGAAUUAAAACGCCAGCAUAGAAUGGAUGGUUUUUAUUGGAUGAUGAGAAAUACAAAAUACAUUCCUGAAACAGCUUCUGGCGAUGCCUUCGUUCCACACACGUUAUUGCUAAUGUUAAAUAUCUUGUAUUUUAUUUUCGAAUAAUAUAGCUUUG